GCCCGAGUCGUAACAACGACCGGGUCGUUUUUCAUAAAAAUCCAUGACCAGUAAAUCGUAUCCGACGACCAAUGGGAUAGGAAUGGGAUGUGCGCACACCUUCGGCACUCGUUCUUCGAUGAUGAUGUAACGAUGCAAUGGGUGGAGAGCGUAGGAGCAGAAUGCGGGACGCGCGUAGCAAAGCGAAAUUCAUUUGCCACCGGAACCACGGGUCGUGAAUUUCCACUUUCGGGUCUCGGCUCUUCGAUUCCGUUUGCCCGUAUAAUUACGCACGAACAAGACAGUUUGGCAUCCAUCGCUGGGACAGUUGGAAGUUAUUCUUGCACGAACUUGAACUUCCGCAUCAUCAAGCUCGAGAUGUUUGUUAACUAUUUUCGGACGCUCAAAUUCACACCCUGAUAAUCAAGACGCAGAGAUUAAAUCCUAAAGCUGCGUGGUAAUGGUAAAGCGCAUGUAGAAUUUUCCGAGUGUGAAAACUGCAGUGAAUUAUAUGUGCCAAUCGUUGUGAUUUUCCCCUGUUAUGAUUGACUGAUAGACGUGAAAUGGCAUACCAAACAUGAUUAGAAAUUAGAAAUUUGGCCCAGGGGCGUAAAUAGUAAGUAGUUGAAACGCAUACAUUGGCCUAUUCGUUUCCAAUUGGAUGCAUAAUGCACCCGGAAAGAGCCACAAAAAUGGUUGUAAAAUUGCCGCACCAAUUAUACACGUACUGGGUGUAUACGCAGAAAAGCGCGGGAAACGGCAGUUGAGUCGUAAAUCGAUUCAACCCAAUUUUAGCGCAACCAAAGUCGACGGUUUUACGACACGUUUGGUCUACAUCUCAUCUCCGCGAGAGAGUUUCGAGCUUUCAGGCUGUAAUUGGCACUCCUCCUUAGUGUACGGUGAUAAUGGAUAUCAAAUUUCUGCGUUGUAUUUAUUCAUCUGUCGAAUCCAAUUUGUGGGAUCGUUAUACUGCUAUUUCCAUGAACGCUGUGUAAACUCGUGUUGUACGUAAUUACCUAUUUUCUGCUUAAGGCUGACGUAAUUAUUGUUUGGUAGAUACGACCGUUCGUAAACGAAAUGCCCUAUAGGUAUACAUGGUUUUUUCCCCAAAAACGUCAAACUUGGAAAAAAACUCUAAAACCACGUUAAAAGCAAACUGUCGCCUAAGAAAUCGUUUGCAAGUAUUUGGAAAAACGGACGUAGGUGUGUAAUAUCAAAUAUCAGAUUUUUCUGAAAACGUUACCAAAACCAAACAACUUGGACCUAAAUAUGACAAAAAUUUUUAAAGAAAAUAGCCUAUUUCUUCUACAAGAUCGUUAGUUGAACUUCAAAGUACGACUUUGUGCCCCCUAAAUUUAUUUUUUGGGAUAUUCUUAACCAAUUUUCAACUAAAUAGGUCAGUGUACAGUAAUAUUGUAUACCGGAUUCGAUACGAACUAUUAAACGGAUUUUGUUAACAUUAGAAUGACAAAACAAGUACCACAAACGAAUAGUGCAGUCACUGUGCGCGGUUCCAUCUCAGUAAAAAAGCAAAGAUUUUCCACCGAACCGUUUGUGUUUUUUUCAUUCUGAAAUGAAUAUCUCUUAGAAUAAAUCCAACCCAUCAAGUUUUUGCCAUCAUAUCUAUAGAUACGUGAGCUACGGGUUAUGGUUUUCACCUUGAAACAGUUUCUGGUUUUUAAAUAAAUUAUUUGGCUCUUAGCCAUGGCGCGAUCGUGCUUUAGAAAACAAUAAAUACAUGAAUAUUGCCAGAUGCGUCCACGCCUCGACUCCCGAGUAAUCAAAUAAUACGCGCGGUCUCCAGCCGAUGGAUCGUCUUAAGUUCUUACUCAUCAUAAUACUUACAGCGUCAUAUUGGUAGUUCUUUUAUAAAAGCCUGCGGAUUUAAGGCGAACUCAACCCUUGCAAAGUUCAAAUCUUGAGUACAUAUUCCGUUACAAACAACAAUCGAUGACAAAUUUUUCCAUUAUUUAAAUAUCAAAAGCAUCGAUUAUUAUAAGGCUUGAACUUUUUGUCAAACAUAACAUUUUUGACUCUUCAGUGUUUCUCACGUAGGCCUAUAUUUCAAAGUUGACGGCACAAAUCUUUAAUCCCCGGACAAAGUAGAAAACGUUGGGAAGGAACCAAGAGAUACUCAUCGUUAAAAGUCUUCAAACGCUGGGUUGUACUUGGUGCAAUGAAAGCUUUUACGCUGGUCAAUAGGUACCUUCAAUGUGCUUGCUUACACAUCAACCCAAGAUAAAGCCAAUGAUUUGACCCUAGAUAUUCUGUCGAACUUUGAUGAUAAUGGAUUGGUUAACGUAUAUCGUUGAAACACGUGCAGUUCCAAAAGGUCGAUCAUUGAUCGGCACUGGGUGUGUAGGAAGGAAACGGUGGGGGAUGACCGGAAACGUGGGCGCUGCAGAGAACGGAGGCUUCGGUACCGCGUCUUCGCCAGUUAAACCGCGGAAGCCGUUUAAGCCGGACAUCGUUUACCUCAUAGCAGAUCCUCCACUUCCAGAUUUCAGGCCUGCGACAUCUGCAAUCAAGUUGAAUACCGGUGACUUGUAUUAGGCAAUAGUUGGCACGGUACGAAUUCUAACGCGUGAACGUAUAUAUAAUCAAAGUUAAUUAUAGAAGCGACCAAGUUUCAAACGAGAGGUUCAGAAGCUCGGGGAAAUAGUGUCCUGCACGCGUAUAGUACUCCACUGGGCUUAUAACAUAAAGUGUGCGAAUCGGUGAGGCCUGCAAUGGCUUGAUAAAGUUGUUCUGAGAGGCGAUCGUAUUGACCAGUUCGACGUAUUGCAUAUUUCCGUAAGAGAGAAACGCGGCGAACGGAAAACCCGGCCCUCUACAGACCUUCCGAAAAUAACCUUCGAUUAGAACCGUUACGGUUCUGAAGACAUAAAAAAAAAACAGUUUAUUUCUGUCCUGCAUUCGCGACGUUACAUUUCAAAAGUUGAAAUGAUCAGGCUCACGUUCUUAGCUUGCCUGCUGACGAUCGUAGUCACAGAAUAUCCACCGUUGGAAGUGAAUUUCCAAUGGAAUGUCAUAAAGUACAGUGACCGGGUGACAGACAAUGAAGUUGUGAAAGACUCUCCUAACUCGUAUAUAGCGGCAAACAAUGUUAUAUCUGGUAUAAAGCUGUGGAAGGAUUACAUUUAUCUGACGAUACCCCGACGGAAGAGCGGAGUUCCAGUCACCCUUGCGAGGAUUCCAUUGUCUGCGACGAAGGCCAAGAACGUCACCAGUCCGGAUCUGGAAGCUUAUCCGAGUUGGGACAUGCAGUUGGCGGGCGAUUGCAACGCGUUCCAAUCAGUGCAGAGCAUGGAGAUCGACCCUCAGGGUAGAAUGUGGGUCCUGGACACUGGACGGACAGAGACGAUGGCCGAUUACCAGGCUACAAAGUGUCCGCCACGUCUGGUGAUAUUGGACCUGGAGAACGGAGGGGCGGUGUUGAGGAAUAUCGAAUUCCCUCAAGAGAUUGCUGCUCACAACUCUUCCAACUUGAACGACAUCGUUCUCGACCACCAGGAUGGCGGGUACGCCUAUAUAUCAGACAGUGGACCCGAACCCGCGAUCAUAGUUUACUCUCUAAAGGACAACAAGGCUCACAAGGUCACUCAUAAUUCCAUGAAGGCCGAGUCCGACGCGAUAACGUUUGUGGUGUCAGACACCACCGUCAAGGAGCCCAUCAACAUCGACGGCAUCGCUCUUUCGCCUCCUGAACCAAACAGGACGCUUUACUACUCGUCGGUCUCUUCGAUUCAUCUCUACGCCAUUCCGGUCAAGGUCUUGCAAAACAGCUCUGUACGAAAUGUCCAGAAGUACGUGGUUGACGUGGGUAGAAAAACUUCCCAGACCAGCGGCAUGGUUAUGUCAAACACCGGGGUUCUUUACUACGGUCUUUUGGCCGACGACGCCAUCGCAAUGUGGGACACCGUGGCUAAUCAAAUCUUCGCUAGUGGGCCGAGAAAAAUGUACAGGAAUCAUCAGCUCCUCCAGUGGCCCGAUACCUUCGCUUUUCAUGAAAAUGGUCGACUUUGGUGGGUCACCAACAGGUUUCAGAACUUUUUGAACAAUAAGGUUAACGGAAAUGAGAUUAACUACAGAAUCAUAUCCAGUAACGUUAUGCAGAAGAGUUAUCAGUACUUCCCCAACGGCACUGCGCCGGAACUUCCAAUAAUCACUGCCGCUGCUGGUCAAAUUCGAAUCGCUAUAUCCACUGCAUUUGCCAUUCUCCUCGUCUUCGUCGCUUGUUGAUUUAUCAUUUUUCGACGAUUGUGUGCUACGGAAAAACUCUGCUUUCAUUAUUCUUCCUGUACCGCUGUAAUACUUAUUAUUAUGUAUAUUAUAUAGUACUAAUUGGAUCCAUUUUGCAUAAUUUAUGUAGCCUAUGUUACUCGGGCAGAUCUAAGGAACAAUUUGGCGCAGGUUUCAUGUAAAUCAGUCCCCGCUGAUUCUCCAGUUUAUCGGUGACAAAUAGACAAACAGUAUGGAUAAGUCGGAACAUCAUCUUAUGAUAACAUUGAUGUUGAUGAUUCUCGUGCGGGAUUCAUUUAUUGACAGGGCUUUUACAACCAAAUGAUAUUUUAAUCAAAUCAAGUACAAGAUUUUGCAAAAUUCAAUUACAGUUGCGUGGGCUUUGUUUAUUUUGUAAAAUUGUCAUCUCACUUGUAAAUGUUGUCAAAAAACAACCCAACAACGAUACUUUCUUCUCACAGAAGCGACUAUCGUCCGCAUCACCUGACGAAAAUCACUCAAUGUUUCCCAACAAUGAUAUACAAAUAUCACAUGCUGAAAUUUAUUUACAUAAUAUGUACAUUUGACCUGACAUGUAUUAAAGUAUACCUAAUAUAUUAACCAAUAGUAUGGAUGAGUAUAUGCGCAAGUAUAAUUAGUAAACGUUAAAAAAUUUGGAUAAUUUAGUAUCAUAAGAAAUAUUGAUUUGACAGCUUUGACACAGUUAUUUUACUUUCUCCGAGGGAGAUUUAUAGGGCGCGUGGCAAAGAGAGUUCUGUUUUAAUUUUGUAGAAUUAAUUGCAGGUGAUGACAAAUUGAAAAAAUGUAAAAAUCUGGGUGUAACUAUCAUGAACCUAUAUUACAUGGGCUGUUAGGUAUAAGAAAUUGUACUCAAAUGUCUGUUUUCGGGUAUGAGUAAUCAUUUUCAUGCGUGGGUUCAGCAGCUGCAACUAUUCCGAUGUUUAAAAAACGUGCUUUUAUGUCAGAUUCCAUCAAUGUGCCGCGUUUGUGUGCAAUGAUCCGUUAUCCUACACCCACCACUAUACCACUAAAGUCUGAUCCUAACCAUUUAUGAUUUUGUUAAAAAAAUUUUCUACAAUUGUCCCAACUCUGAAACAGUAGCCUAAAUUUUUUCAGAUUUUUUAUUCAACUACAAGUGCAGAAACUAAAAAAGCCCAAGCAUUGUAAACGAAAAAGUUUAUCCUCUGAAAGAGAAAUGAUUUGAAAUUUAAAGAAAAAUUUAUUAGUUUCCAACCGAUUUGGACGGUUGCCCAGUAAAACGAUGACAUUGCCAAAAUUCACAAUAUCAAACACGUACUUAAUCAUGAUGGGAACAUUACUUUUAUUCCAUUUAACUACGUGACAGGAAAAAAGGGAAAAACAGAGCCGAACACAUACCCGCUAAUCACCUUAAUUGUAUCCUUUCAAGGCUCCAGCAGCCUUUGCCCGCGCAAAAUAUCGCAAAUAUACGUGAUGAGUGACAAGUAAAAACAUAUAUGCUUAUAGUUACGAGGAUUCAUACUUAGAAAACUCUUAAUGCUUUUAUCAAGUCGGACUAAUGAGGCAGAAAAAAGGCAACGUCAAUACGUAUAUAAAUAUAAAUGUGAAAAAAAGGAUAAACAUUAUGAUCUUUCAUGGCCAGCUACAAGGUUGUAUCUGGGGUUGCAUGUAUGUAUUAUAGUGUAUAUACGUACAUAGAAUAUAAUUAUGCGGUUUAUAUUUAACACGCGAAAAACAUCGUUCAAUUAGUUUUUACGGUCAUGCAACGAGUGACUUCAAUAUCAAUGUUAUCAUUGAAUCUGUAGGUCAAGGUUGGACUAUCGUGAAACAUCAAUGGUCACAUAUUUACCUCUCCACCAAUUCAUCCUUAUGCUCUAAUUUACAACGGGCAGGUCCGAACUUCAUUAAGUCUUCGCGCUUCGUGCAGAAGACUCGUGCGAAAUGCGAAAAGAAAAAGAAAAUAAAAAAAAAAACUUAAAAAAAAAAAAACAGAGCUAAAUUUACUUUGAUGGCCACACCCUGGACAAACUUGCCGAUUCGGGUCACGCCUCACGCAAAAAGGGCCGACAGAUCGGAAACCCGAUGACAUUGUAUGAAGCGCACCUUUUUUUUUACCCUCAAUUUAUUGUCCCGGAAAUUGUUGCAGAGUAUAUUUUUGUACCGUAUAAUCUAACCGAGUUUGAAAAGUUGCGUAUAAAUAAUUAGUCGGCUGGCGGGGCCCUGGGAAAUAGUUUAAUAGUUACUCUUAUAUUUCAAUUUCUAUUAUUCGCACUGCUCGUACGGGCGUAACAUAUUCCCAGGCGUGAGAGUGCUCUUGAACGAAUUGCAAAAUCUUCGCGCGCAGUUUUACAACUGCAAAUAAGCUAUGCGAUACACGUAUUACUUGACUCAUGACCGCGUAAAUGUGUGUGUGUACAUACGUAUACACUUGUGCGUAUUAUAAUAUAUAUAUAAAUUCCAGCCCUGGGUAAAUAUACCUAUACAUAUAAAGGCGUAAAGUGACAACGUUUUACUUAAGCAAAUGGACGGGCGAUUUAUCGGAAAUACUGCAGUAAAGAUUGUCGGACACGUGGAUAAUCAGAGCGUUUGAUACCUACCAAGAAAUAAUGGAAGCAACGGAAGCACCGAAUCAAUCAAUCAGGUAUGCAAUUUUAGUGAUGCGCACAUGCAGAGGGUAAUAAUAAUUAUCCAGAGUCGCUGAUGAUCCGUUGUAUCUGAAAAUCGAUAGUCGUUUUUGGACUCUUUCAAUGUAGAUAUCAUAAUUAUGCUGGUAACAAUUAACUUUGAUUAAUUUUUUUUCAACUUCAGUAUUGCUCAGUAUUCAGGUUCGAGAUUUAUCAUUUGAUAUACGGAGUUUCGUGUUUUAAUUAAAAUGUAUUAUUUCUCGUGGUUUGUCCUUGGUGAUUUCACUCGCUCCAGUCCUCGAAGCUCUGUAAGGUGUCUACGCGUAAUACGACACUGAUCUUCAUUGGCCAUAUUCAUUCCGUAAAUGUUUACGUAAAGGCGUAUGCAACGCACGAUGUUUAUCACUUGCAAUUAGCAUCAACGCUUUGAUCAUUGAGAUUGAAAUUAUUCUU